UUCAUCUCAAUCACCUCAUUUCAAUAUCUUCCUCUUACAUUAUCUUUCUUUGUUACACAUACAUUUCUUACUUGGUUUUUGAUUACUUUGUUUUCUAUUCUCUGUCUCACACAAAGGUCUCUUGGGUUGUACAAUGAAGAUGCGUACACUAUACUUCUGCUUAAUUUUCUUUCUUACUAUAUCUACCAUGGCUUCUGUCUCAUCAGCAUCACUGAAAGUGGGCUUUUAUAGGACAAGUUGUCCUUCUGCUGAAGCAAUUGUGAGAAAAGCUGUGAACAAAGCUGUGUCAAGGAAUCCUGUCAUAGCUGCUGCCCUCAUUAGAAUGCAUUUCCAUGACUGUUUUGUUAGGGGUUGUGAUGCCUCUAUCUUACUUGAUUCCACACCUGGAAACCCAGCAGAGAAGGCAAAUAGAAUCAACAAUCCAAGCUUGAGAGGCUUUAAAAUAAUUGAUGAGGCAAAGGCAGAACUUGAAGCUCGAUGCCCAAAAAAAGUCUCCUGUGCAGACAUUAUAGCAUUUGCUGCACGUGACAGUGCCUACAAAGUUGGAGGAAUAAAUUACAAAGUGCCAUCAGGACGCCGUGAUGGCAGGAUAUCGCGUGAAAAUGAGCCUACCCAAAACCUUCCAUCACCUUCCUUCAAUACCAAGCAACUCAAAGAUAACUUUGCAAGAAAAGGCCUUAGUCUUGAUGAAAUGGUGACACUAUCUGGUGCACAUUCUAUAGGGGUGUCACAUUGUUCUUCAUUCUCAAAUCGGUUAUACUCUUUCAAUGCAACACAUCCGCAAGACCCUACAAUGGACCGCAAAUUUGCAAGGGAAUCAAAAGCCAAGUGUCCCCGACCAUCAAAUUCCGGAAAUAGACGUGAUCCUACAGUACCAUUGGAUGUUCUUACACCAAAUAAGCUUGAUAAUAAGUACUACAAAGAUUUGAUGAAUCAUCAUGGCUUGUUGACCUCUGAUCAAACUCUUUUGAGUAGCCGUGCAACGGCGGGGAUUGUGAGGAACUAUGCAGGAAAUGAUGCAGCUUGGGCUAACAAGUUUGCAGCAGCAAUGGUGAAAAUGGGUUCUAUUGGUGUUCUCACAGGAAGAAACGGUGAGGUCAGGAAGAACUGCAGGGUUGUCAACUAGAUUAUUUGGUGUCUUUGGCACAAAUGGCGGGAAUUUUCUGACUCUUUUUGUUCAUUUUUUGUUUCCAUUGUUUAAUUGUUGAUUCAUCAAAGUGAAAAUCUGCUUUGAGAAAGUUUUUUAGUUUUGUUUGUUUGUCAAGGAGAUUCUUUUGAAAACUGUGUAAGAAUAUUCAUUUUAAUUGAUCAAAUGUUAAUUGUUAAUCA